CAGGUCUGCACUGCCAGGACUGGCUUAUGUGCAUAGAGGCCAAAAAACACUGCUGGUAUUUUGAAGGACUCUAUCCAACAUAUUAUAUAUGCCGCUCCUAUGAGGACUGCUGUGGUUCCAGGUGUUGUGUGCGGGCCCUCUCCAUACAGAGGCUGUGGUAUUUUUGGUUCCUCCUGAUGAUGGGUGUGCUUUUCUGCUGUGGAGCUGGCUUCUUCAUCCGUAGGCGCCUGUACCCACCGCCGCUGCUUGAGGAGCCUGCAUUCAACGUGUCCUAUACCCGACAGCCCCCCAAUCCCACACCAGGAGCCCAGCAGCCGGGGCCCCCAUACUACACUGACCCUGGAGGACCAGGCAUGAACCCUGUUGGAAACAUGGCGAUGGCUUUCCAAGUGCAGCCCAAUUCUCCCCAAGGCUGUGUGGCCUACCCACCGCCCCCUUCCUACUGCAACACGCCCCCGCCCCCCUACGAACAGGUGGUCAAGGACAAGUAGGCCACCCCGUGGCCAGGCAGCCCGAGGGCGGGCUCCCCUCUGGCUCUCAAGCUCCUGUGGAGGACAUGUCUGAGCCCACACUGUCUCCUCUGUUGCUUCCGUUUCUGAUGUGGCCUGUGACCUCCAGCAGCAUAGCAACUGUCCCCAAGGGUGACAGUUUAGAGCUGUCUGACCAGGUCCUCUAGAGAGACUGAGAGGAGGGAAGGGAGGAGGGCUGGGACAGGCGAGGCCACAGCAGCCAGAUGGACUGUCCUGCCUGGGACAGGCCCCUCCACACUCCUCUGUCCCCACUCUUUCCUGCAGCCAGGCCUCCCUCUGCACAGACUGGAGUCCAGCACCACAGCUUCCUUGAUAGGUGAGCAUGGACAGGGUCAGCUCAGCUGUCCCCUCUCCUGUCGCCUGAAGGCCAUAAGAAAGUCCUUUGAGUCCUGGGAAGUCACUCCCUGCCCAGGCAUGGACAGUGUGCCCUGGCUCUGGGUUUGACUUGGAGAUGCAUGUCCCCUCUCUGUAUCUUGGUGGUGCCUGUGUCUGUCCUGUGCCCCUGGGGUCAUGGCCCAGAGGCUCCUGAACACCCUGUCCCAGGCCACACAAGGACUGGAUAGACAUGGGGUGCCCCAUUGGGAAGGCAUGAGCCUUGGAGGAGCUGGGUUAGAAGGCUCACUGAGACGACAGUGGGAUGAUACAGACCAGCAGUUCCGCCAUGUCACUAAGGUCAUCAGGAAGCUGUGGUGAGAGACCAGGCCCCUAGGAAUGGCCCUGGCCCCAGGACGCUGCAGUAGUCAGAGUUAUUGACAGUAAUGGGCUCCUCCCCAGCAUAGUUAGUCACGUGGGUGUGAACAUAGAGCAGACUUCCGGACUGCAUUGUGUGUGCUGUGAGCAGCGUGGCCAAGAUGCCUGCGUAGAUUGGUGGUGUUGGGAGCAGGUAGGGGUGGCUGUUGUUCAGAUGUACUCCGGAAAGCCUCGAGAAAUAGUCACUCACUUAACAUGAGCAUCCGGGCCACUCCUGGGAGGAC